AAAACAUGGAAGCUGUUUUUAAUGUGGACAUUUUAUGUUUUUAUUCAGUUGUUUGUGGUGUAGUGCAAUAGAUCUUCAUUGAACAUCUUCUUAGGUUCGAGCAUUUUACUUGAAUUGUUGGAAAUCUGACAGAUGCAGAAGUCAUUAGUUUGACAUUAUACCUCAAUCCAGACUUGAGGUGUAUUUACAUACCAAGCUCUGAUGACAAUGGUGAAACAGGUCGGGUUGCUUCCAGCUGGUUGUCAGCCGUGGAACCAUGAUGUUUGUGCUACCAGCAAGGACAGAUUUGCUUACUGUGCCACCCUGGCUAUCUACAUAUAUCAGUUUGAUAGGAAGUACAAGGAAUUCAAGCUUCAAUCCAUCAUGUCUGAACACAAGAAGACAAUCACAGCAAUCAGCUGGAAUCCCCAAAACCCUGACCUAUUUGUGAGCUCCAGCACCGGUCAUAAGCUUGUCGUGUGGGACGUCGUCAAACAGAGGCCUGCCAUGAAGCUGGUGAACAUUAAAGAAAUCCCUGUGUGUGUCGGGUGGUGCACACAUGAUCUCGAUGUGGUCAGUUUCGUGUACAGCCGUGGACCAAUGUACAUGUGGAACUACCCCAAGGGUGACCGAGGCGUCAGUGUUGUUAAAGAAGCGCAGUCAUUCUCGUCAAACGUUUGUCAGUUCAGAUGGCAUCGGCGCCACCUCGGCAAGGUGGUGUUUGGACACAUGGAUGGCAGUAUUUCUGUUUGUAUUCUAGGUUCAAAAUCAAAAAAACAUUUACUGCGACCAGAUAAUCUUGAAGAUUCUGAUGAAGAUGAUCCAGUUACCUCCCUUGAAUGGGAUCCCCUAUCGACUGAUUACCUGUUGAUGGCCAAUCUUCACUUCGGCGUGCGUCUCGUUGACACAUCCUCCUUGUCUGUGAUAACCCGAUUCCAGCUGCCCAGUGCCGCAUCUCACAUUCAGACACUUGCAUGGGUGAAUGGAGCCCCUGGCAUGUUUGUAACUGGAGAUUCAAAGAGUGGUAUUCUUCGAAUAUGGAAUGUUUCUAAAACUAUGCCUAUUGAAAGUAUUAAAGUUAAAAAGACAGGCUUUCAUGCCUUGCAAGUGAUUGACAGUGUCUCCUCUCAGGAGACUAGAAGUGAAGACGACACUGCAAGUAGUGGAUGUCAUCUGUCAUCAACCAGUCAGGUGGAACCUCCCACUAUGACGACCCAGGCUCAUUUUGCUCUUCCACCAUCACAGCUUGUGUGUACGUUCACCGAUGGUGGAGUGGGACUUUACAAUCUGGGACGGAGGAAAUGGGGCUUUCUGCGUGAUCAGGGUCACAUGGAGACGAUCUUUGAUUGCAAAUUCAAGCCAGACAAUUCAGAGCUUCUGGCAACAGCAAGUUUUGAUGGGACAAUCAAAGUGUGGGAUAUCAGCACUUUGAAAGCUAUGUAUACAUCUCCUGGAAAUGAAGGUGUCAUCUACAACAUAUCCUGGGCUCCUGCUGAUCUCAACUGUAUUGUAGCCUGCACUUCGAAGAAUGGCGCCUUUAUUUGGGAUAUUGAUCGUGGCAAAGUUACUAAAAGAUUUACUGAGCAUGGCAGACAGAGUGUGUAUUCUGUGUCUUGGAAUCAGAAGGACUCCAAACUGAUUAUGACCUGUGGUGGAGAUGGUUAUUGCAUAAUACAACAGGUAGAUGGAAAGGUUAUUCAUAGAUACAAACAUCCUGGAACUGUCUUUGGCUGUGAUUGGAAUUCACAUAACAAAGACAUGCUAGCAACCGGAUGCGAAGAUAAGUGUGUUCGGGUCUUCUACAUGCCAGCGAGUUCUGAACAACCUCUUAAAGUUUUCUCAGGUCAUUCUGCAAAAGUGUUUCAUGUACGAUGGUCGCCACUUCGAGAAGGAAUUCUUUGCAGUGGUUCAGAUGAUGGGAGUAUCCGGGUGUGGGAGUACACCCAAGAGCAGUGUAUCAGUGUUCUGAGUGGGCAUUCUGGUCCAGUGCGAGGUCUCAUGUGGAACACAGAAAUACCUUACCUGCUGAUCAGUGGCAGCUGGGACUACUCCAUUCGCAUAUGGGACACCCGUGAUGGAGCCUGUAUUGACACGGUGAUGGAUCAUGGCGCAGAUGUUUAUGGUUUGACCUGUCAUCCCAAAAGACCAUUUCUCCUUGCUUCAUCAUCCCGAGACUCCACGGUGAGACUGUGGUCUUUGACGUCUCUCAUUCAGCCAAUAGAAUUGAAUAUAUUGGCCAGGAAACCAUGGACAGAGAUUAUUGGAUCUACAGAAAGUGCAAUGUGUCUUGGAACUCCUCCACUGUUGACUGGCAAACACUCGAGACAGCUGAAGCAACAGUUGGAGCACAUGGAAGGAGAUGUGUUCUCACACACACUUCGACUCUUCUCUAAUUUUUUUACGCAACCUGCUGGUUCUAACAACCUGUGGGAGUUAGUGUCUGUUGUGAGAGAUGACGACUCCUUUGUGUUGUCCCCAACCUACAAGACUGGCAUUGUUCAUAUGAAACAUCUCACAGUGUAUAAAGCGUCUGAAGCACAAGAACUGGAGAUGAUAAAAAUGUCAAAAUUUGGGGGUGGUAUUGGAGCGCCAUCAAAAGAUGAUCAACUGAGAGAGGCAGCAAAUAUUCACAUAAGACUGGGUAAUGUUCAGCGUUACUGUGAACUCAUGGUAGAACUUGGUGAGUGGGAAAAGGCUCUUUGUGUUGCACCUGCAGUGUCAAUAAAUUACUGGAAGUCAUUGACUCAGCGAUAUGCCGACAGCUUUGUGCGUGAAGACCGGGAUGAGGCAAUAGUGCUUGAUAUUGCUACCGGCAAUGCUAAACAGCUGGUGGAGUUUUUCAGGAAAAGGGGCCAGUUAUCAGACGCUGUGUUGACAGCACAGGUCGCUUGUGAAGGAUUACUACCACAGAUCAGUGCAGCUAGUGUAACCACUAGUGUAAUGAUCAAUGGAUAUGACUCAAAUUCAAAGGAAAACAUCAAAUUGUUACAGGAGACCAGUGAUGAGUUAGCAGACUGGUAUUUCCAAAAUGGUCUUCCAGCCAUGGCAGCUUGUUGUCAUUUAGCUGUCAAUGAUUGCCAAAAAGCCAUGUCCAAACUGAUACGUGGGAAUGAACUGGAACUAGCUGUAAGUAUCGGAACAGUUCUAAACACCACACCACAACAUCUACACAAUGCCAUAGAAUUGUUAUCACGAAGAUGUGAACAACUUGGCAAGUGGGACCUGGCUGUUGACAUGUUAAAGUUGAUCCCUGACAACCGACUGCUGCUGGCGAGAUUGUGUGCACGUUGUGCUGCUAGUAUGGAUGAGAUUAAUUAUCUGCAUCAAGCAGCCAACUUUCCAAGCAUGGAUGAAUGUUUGGCAGAGGCAGAAAGAUUGCGUACAAAAGCUCAUAGGUUUGAAUGCUGCUUGUUUUACAUCCUGUCAACAUCUCCUGAACUUGGUUUGUCCAUUGGCUUGGAGAAAGUUAAAGGAGACCUGAAUCUAGAGGGGUGGACAGUUGAAGAUGUGUGGGAUUUCCUUCAGAUUAUGUCUUGCAUCAAAACAGAGAGACUACAACAGAACAUAAAAAUGAUGUGUGAGCUGCUGACCCUGUGUGCGUAUAUCGGAGGACUUGUAGCCAUCCGCCGCCAGUAUUACAGUAUUGUACCUGCUCUGUUUGAGCAUGCAAGGUCCUUGAUGCACAAACAGAAAGUUGAUAUCCCAUUGCCAGAUGGCCAGAUAACCUCUGAGCUCCUUGCGUGGAAGGCUGUACAUAACAAUGUUUCAAAUAGUCCGCCAGAUGAAAGUUUACUUCUUGCUGAGGGUGACAGUCUGUACCAGCUGAUAAUGAAGCGAAUUGGAAAGGAGUCGUCGCCUAUUGAGUUGGGACCAGAUUGUGUCGCAAGCUCUCACCUUCCAUCCCAUUCCGACGUCCAUGUGUCCAUCAUCACUGGAGAAAGAAUUCAGGGCCUGGCAUAUUUCCUGGAAGAUGGAAAAUCAACAAUUUCAGUAAACGAAGCUCUUAUGUGGGCAAAAGUUAACCCUUUCUCACCUUUAGGAUCUGGAAUGAGAAUUAAUCCAUUUUGAUCUGCUUAGAAGACCUCUAAUGUUGUGAAUCAGCUUCAUUUUGCUGAAUUACUGGCCAUGUAAAUGAUCUGGACUGGUGCAUGAAGUAUUCAUUGUCAUAGAUGAUGAAAGAUUAGUGCUGUAUGUAUAUGGAAUAUCAUGUGGGAAAUAUAUUAUUUAUAUCAUAUAUAUUAAAACUACAUUCCGUGGAAUAUUUUUAUUAUUUAAGCAUAUAAAACAGAAAAUCC